UUCUUGGUGGAGCUGCGCGGCGGGGAGCAGGCGGAGGCCGAGCGGCUGGCGAGCGAGCUGGGCUUCGGCGGCGUGCGCAAGCUGCAUUUUCUAGAUACUGGGUACUUCUUUUACCACAAUGGCAUUGCCAAGGCGAGAAGACGACGCAGCCUUCAACACAGGCUUCGCCUGGAAAAGGAUUCCAGGGUAAAGAAAGUUGUACAACAGGAAGGCUUCAGCAGAAGAAAGCGAGGAUAUAGAGACAUCAAUGACAUUGACAUCAACAUGAAUGACCCUUUAUUUACAAAGCAAUGGUACCUGAUUAACACUGGUCAAGCAGAUGGGACCCCUGGGCUUGACCUUAACGUAGCCGAAGCAUGGGAGCUGGGAUACACAGGGAAAGGAGUUACCAUAGGAAUUAUGGAUGAUGGAAUUGAUUAUCUGCAUCCUGAUCUUGCCUCAAAUUAUAAUGCCCAAGCCAGCUACGACUUCAGCAGCAAUGAUCCUUACCCUUACCCCCGCUAUACGGAUGACUGGUUUAACAGCCAUGGGACAAGGUGUGCAGGAGAGGUAUCUGCUGCAGCCAACAACAACAUCUGUGGUGUGGGAGUUGCCUACAACUCCAAGGUGGCAGGUAUCCGAAUGCUGGACCAGCCAUUUAUGACAGAUAUUAUUGAGGCUUCUUCUAUCAGUCAUAUGCCUCAAGUCAUAGAUAUCUAUAGUGCUAGCUGGGGACCAACUGACAAUGGGAAGACUGUGGAUGGACCUAGAGAACUGACGCUGCAAGCGAUGGCAGAUGGUGUGAACAAGGGCCGGGGUGGCAAAGGGAGCAUCUAUGUCUGGGCCUCUGGAGAUGGAGGCAGCUACGAUGACUGUAACUGUGACGGUUAUGCAUCGAGCAUGUGGACAAUCUCCAUCAAUUCUGCUAUAAAUGAUGGACGGACAGCUCUGUAUGAUGAAAGCUGCUCUUCAACCUUGGCCUCCACCUUUAGUAAUGGGAGGAAGAGAAAUCCAGAGGCCGGCGUGGCUACGACGGAUUUGUAUGGCAACUGCACUCUCCGUCACUCAGGAACGUCUGCAGCUGCCCCUGAGGCAGCUGGAGUGUUUGCUUUGGCCCUGGAGGCUAACUUGGAUCUAACAUGGAGAGACAUGCAGCAUUUGACAGUGCUCACCUCCAAAAGGAACCAGCUUCAUGAUGAGGUUCAUCAGUGGCGUAGAAAUGGUGUUGGGCUGGAGUUCAACCAUUUGUUUGGCUAUGGAGUCCUAGAUGCAGGAGCAAUGGUUAAGAUGGCAAAAGACUGGAAGACUGUUCCUGAGAGAUUCCACUGUGUUGGAGGGUCAAUACAGGAGCCUGAAAAGAUACCAUCAAGUGGCAAGCUCAUCCUCACCCUCACAACCGAUGCUUGUGAGAGGAAAGAAAACUUUGUGCGGUACCUGGAACAUGUCCAAGCAGUUAUAACUGUGAAUUCAACCAGGCGAGGAGACCUCAACAUCAACAUGACCUCCCCCAUGGGAACAACGUCCAUUUUACUGAGCCGGCGUCCCAGGGAUGAUGACUCCAAGGUGGGUUUUGACAAAUGGCCUUUCAUGACCACACACACUUGGGGAGAAGACCCCAGGGGCACCUGGGCUCUAGAGAUUGGGUUUGUGGGCAGCGUCCCGCAGCGGGGCGUGCUCAAGGAGUGGACGCUGAUGUUGCAUGGGACUCAGAGUGCGCCAUAUAUAGACCAAAUAGUAAAGGAUUAUCAAUCCAAACUCGCCAUGUCCAAGAAGGAAGAACUGGAAGAAGAAUUAGAUGAAGCAGUGGAAAGAAGCCUCAAGAGUAUACUGAGCAAGAACUAGUGCUGUUCUGCAUGAUGGUCUCCUUCCUUCCCUGGAGCCUUCUACUCACCUUUCUACUAUCCCAACAUCCAUGUUAGACCUAUUACAAUGAUUGUCUCCGUAGCCAAAUUAUCACACUUUCUUGAUUUUAAAGUCUUAGAUCUUGUCAAUGGUUAUUUUAAUUGCCACUGAAGCAAUUUUUAAUUUUAUUCUAAACCACAAAUAUAUUGUCCCCUGCAAAUACUAUGUACUGUUUGUGACUGUAAAUGAUUUUACUUUUGUGUCAUACAGUUAGGUAAUAACUUGCAAACAAAUUGAUGGCUUUUCUCUUCAUUUUUUUGUGGUAAAUGUUGUUUGUAUUUUAAAAAGAGUGAAUUUAACAUUGGCAGUUGGUGACAAUGGGCCCGUUUUUAAAAAUUACUGUGAAAGAGGGAAUCAAAAGGAGAGUUCUUUGAAUGUCUAAAA